GUUUUGAUUUCCAGCCAAAAGGGGUAAAUCAAGGGUAAAUAGAAAGGAGAGAGAAGUAUUCGCACAACCACAAACCACAUGGCAAAUUUCUCUUUCCUUGCCGAAAAUUAAUUUUGAUUUUCCCAAUCAUAUGUACUGACAGAGUUUUGAAUUUGAGUUGUUUAAGAAUAGCCAAAAAUCACCAAAAAGUCGAAAUGACGCAAUGACACAGAAGAAAUAGGAAGUCCUUUAGAAGCGAAAAAGCACAAUUUUUCUUCAAAAAAAUGUCAAGAGGAGGAUUCUUCAGAGGAAGAGGAGGUAGAGGCCAUCGUUUUUUUGGUGCUGGUAGCAGUAGCGGUUCCUCUAAGCAAGGGAACUCUUGGAAUGAAAAUUUUGAAGAAUCUGGAGGCAGUUUCCCCAGGAAUGAGAGGAAAAAUCGCCCACCUCCUGGACUUAGAGGAAGAGACAUUGGAAUGUACUACAAGAAUCUGGCUUUGAAGAAAAGAGGAGGUGACUUUGCAAAUUUUGAGAGUAGAGAAGGAUUUGAUCAAAACACCAAAAGAAAAUUUCAACAAGAAGAAUCAAAGAAAAAAUUAAGAGUUUCUCUUGAUGGUGCUCGUCAAAGUAGAAUUUCUGAGAUGCUGGCUGCUACCCCAUUCGAUGGUCCAACUGAAAGUUUUGCCUACCACGAAAUCGCUGAUAGUGAGUUCAAACGGCGCUUCUUAAAGAACUUGGAUGGCAACUUGAAGGGAAAUGGCGACGACUUGGUUUUCGACCCUAUGGAGCAGGACAUUGAGCUCGAUCAGACCCUACAGAAGGAGCUCGAGAAAAAGCAACUUGACUUUCGCUACAUCAAAAUGAAGCAAGACAGAGCAAAGUUGCCUGCUGCUGACAAAUGUGAUGAAAUUUUGAAUGCUGUUCAAGAAAAUCAAGUGAUUGUCAUCAGUGGAGAAACAGGUUGUGGAAAAACCACACAAGUUCCACAGUUCAUCUUAGACGACGCUAUCAAGAAAGGCCAGGGGUCAAUGUGCAGGAUUAUUUGCACCCAACCUAGGAGAAUCAGUGCCAUCACAAUUGCCCAACGAGUUGCGGAUGAGAGAACUGAAAGCUUGGGAAAAAGCGUCGGUUAUCAAAUCCGUCUCGAAAAUGCCAUUCCUCGUAAAAAAGGCUGCAUUCUUUUCUGCACAACAGGCAUUUUGCUCCAGUUCCUCCAAUCAGACCCCAAUCUAACACACACUUCGCACAUUGUCAUCGACGAAAUUCACGAGCAGGACAUUCUCAGUGACUUCAUCCUGACCAUUGUCAGAGACCUGCUACCCAGAAGGCCAGACCUAAAGGUGAUUUUGAUGAGUGCCACAUUGAAUGCAGAAUCUUUUUCCAAGUAUUACCACAGAUGUCCAAUGGUCCAUAUCCCUGGAUUCACUCACCCUGUCACUGUCUAUCACUUAGAAGAUGUGCUCAAAAUGACAAAUUUUAAAGUCCAGAGCAAGGCAAGAGAUCGUCCCAAGUGGACCAAUUAUACUGCCGAUGGCAAAGAAAGGCGGAGAGCAAAUGACGAGUACAGUGAACUGAUGGGCCCUUUCUUAAGACAUCUGAAAUCCAAGGGAACCUAUCCUGAUCAUGUGCUUGACUCGUUGAGUUUGCCUGAGUCGGAGGAAAUCAAUUUUGAGUUGAUGGCAAGUCUAGUUCAAUACAUCUGUCAGACUCAGCCUGAAGGUGCUAUUCUGAUAUUCCUGCCUGGCUGGGACCAAAUUUCCAAGCUCCACAAGAUGAUUACGGAGAGCAGCUUUUACUCUAAAAGCAGGUUCCAAGUACUUCCUCUGCAUUCCCAAAUGCCCACUGUAAACCAGAAAGAGAUUUUCUUGCGACCGCCUCAUGGUGUUCGGAAAAUUAUCAUUGCAACAAACAUUGCUGAAACUAGCAUUACAAUUAAUGAUGUUGUGUACGUCAUUGACUGUGGAAAAAUCAAGAUGAAAAAUUACAAAGUAGAAGAAAAUAUUCAAACGCUACAGCCUGAAUGGGUCAGUUUUGCUAAUGCAAAGCAACGGAGAGGCAGGGCUGGACGUGUACAACCUGGAGUUUGUUACCAUCUUUUCACCCAGAGGAGAGAAAUGACAUUAGCCUCCUACCCUAUUCCUGAAAUGUUGCGAAGUCGACUGGAGGAGGUGAUUUUGCAAGUAAAAAUACUGCAGUUAGGGAAAGUGGCGCCGUUUUUAGAAAAAGUCAUGCAGCCUCCUAAUCCGAUUGCCAUUGAUCAUGCCCUAGAGCUUCUAAAAGUGAUCAGUGCUUUAGACGAAGAUGAAAACUUGACCCCUCUUGGAUUUCACUUGGCUCAGCUUCCGAUGGAUCCGCAGUUAGGGAAAAUGAUCCUCAUGGCAGCAUUAUUCCGUUGCUUGGAUCCAGUACUGUCCAUUGCUGCCAGCCUAAGUUUCAAAGAACCUUUCAAUCUGCCAUUAGGUUUUGAGAAAAAAGUUGACCAACUUAAAUUUGAAUUGUCCAAAGGACAGAAAAGUGAUCACUUGGUCUUGUCUGAAGCAAUGAGGCUCUGGGAACAGGCAGACACAAGAGGAGAAGGCAAUAGCUUUUGCAGGAGAAAUUUCCUAUCUCUAAACACACUCAACAUGCUACAUCGAAUGAAGUCUCAUUUGGCAGAGCACUUGCAGAAAAUGAAAUUCGUCAGUUCAUCUGACCCAAAAGAUCCUGAUUUCAACAUCUACUCUAAAAACUAUGCUCUUGUAAAAGCUGUCGUGAGUGCAGGACUUUACCCAAACAUUGCAAUUCUGAAUAAGGUCAGAAAGGAGAAGAAACUGCUGAAAACUGCCACUGACCGAAGAGUGUGUCUGCACCCUAAAUCUGUCAACAAUUUCCCUUCAGAAUUCGAAUCACCCCUUUUUGUCUACCACCUGAAGCUUAAAAGCGCCACGGUCUACUUACAUGACUCGACGAUGGUGUAUCCCUUGCCUCUGCUCUUUUUUGGAAGCAGAUUGCGCCAGCAGCCAGAAACUACACAAAAUUCCACUGAACUCGCAAUGGACCAGUUUGAGUUUCAAUGCUCAGAGGGAACAGCAAAGUUGCUCAUGGAAUUGAGGAAAAGGCUGGAUUCACUUCUCGAAUUCAAAAUCACCCAUCCUCACAUCAUCGAAUGGAGAAAUUCUCAGUCUGCAGAGAAGUCACUGGUUCAAGCUAUUGUGGAGCUAAUUUCAACCGAAGAUAAAACAAAUCAAAUGGGUUUUCAAGAUUAUCCAGAUGAUGACUCAGAAUGAAGGAUUUCAACCUUCCAUGAAUUUUCAACUCUUUCUUUCAUUAAAAAUAUAAAUUAGCAUUAAACUAUUGGUUUUUAAUCUGAUCGAGAUUUGCUCAAAUCAUAUU